AUGCUGAUUUUAACUUUAAGUGAUGCUCAUAUUCCAGACCGAGCAAUUGAUUUGCCCCUAAAAUUUAAAAAGCUACUUGGCAUUCCAAAUAAGAUAUCGCAAGUAGUACUUCUUGGAAACUGUACCAAAUCAUAUGAAUUUCUGAAAUUUGUGAAUGAGAUAUCUUCAAAUGUGACGUUUGUACGCGGAGAGUUUGAUAAUGAACAAUUGCCUACAACAAGAAAGAAUAUAAACAAGCAGGGUAUACCGAUGGACACCGUUAUCAAGCAAGGAGAUUUCAAAAUUGGUUGCUGUAGUGGCUACACGGUGGUACCCAAGAAUGAUCCACUAUCGCUUCUAGCCCUAGCACGUCAACUCGAUGUCGAUAUCCUACUCUGGGGAGGCACACAUAACGUCGAGGCGUACACUUUGGAAGGGAAGUUCUUCGUCAACCCUGGCAGUUGCACAGGCGCGUUCAAUACAGAUUGGCCCAUUCUUGGUCAAGAGGAGCCUGCAAGGACGAAGGCAAGUCCCUCCCCGAAAGACGGAGGUGACGAACAAGAUAAAUCCAAUGAGCAGACGGGGCGUAAUGAACCCGCAGACAACAGGGAGGAAGACGGUAACAAUUCUUCUGAAAAUGUAGCACAAAGCGAUAGCUUUGCAGACAAAACUAGUGAAGACGGUUCUCAGAAAAAAAAUCAAGACGCAAGUGGAAAAAUCGAUCUGGAGAAAGUUAACGAUGAAGAUGAAGACGAACAUGAGGAUGAAAACGAGGAGCUCGAUAUACCCGAUCUCGAGCUAGAUGGUUCCAAUGACCCUAGCUUCUGCCUUUUCGACAUCCAAGGUAGCACUUGCGCAUUGUAUAUCUACAUAUAUGUCGACGGAGAGGUCAAAGUAGAUAAAGUGGUGUAUAAGAAGAGUAAUUAG